AUGGGAAUGAGAAAAUGUGAGUAUUGCGGGUCCAGUGAGAUCGAGGAUUAUACUCACCUGGGUGAGCUGGUAUGUCAGGACUGCGGAGCAGUCUUGCAAGAAAACACGAUCCUAGAGCAAGUGGAAUACUCAGAUAAUAACUCUGGAAAUACCCAAGUGCUAGGGAGAUUUGUAUCAAAUUUAUCCUCAGGAAGACAGGCCCUAACCCAUACAACUUGGCAUAGUAGAGAACAAGUUAUAAAUCGAGGUAAUGAAAACAUUAAAAAAAUAGCCGAGGCUUUAAGACUCUCACCACAUCACAUCGAUGCCGCAAAGAGGAUAUAUUUGCUGGCAGUACAAAGGAAUUUCACCAUGGGCAGAAAUAACCUCCAUGUCGCCUCGUGCUGUUUGUACACUAUUUGUCGCAGAGAAAGGACGCCUCAUCUGCUAAUAGAUUUCUCAGACGUUUUAUUGACGCCAGUAAAAACAAUCGGCCAGAUUUUCAUGAAAUUGGUCCGAAUGUUGCAUAUAUCAGUGCCGAACAUCGACCCUUCAAUAUUUUUUGAAAGGUUCGCAACCCAGUUACAGCUAAAGGAUAUACAUAAAAUCAUUAACACUGGUAAUAGAAUAAUACAAGCCAUGAAUAGAGAUUGGCUAUGCACAGGUAGGAGACCUACAGGUUUAUGUGGAGCUGCUUUAUUGGUUGCGGCACGUUUCCAUGGCAUUUCACUCUCCGCUGAAUCCGUUUCCUCUGUCGUUCGUAUCUCACACCCUACAAUACUCAAGAGGUUAUCUGAGUUUAAAGUUACCAGCACUGCACAUAUUAAGGUUUCAGAAUUCGAUAACACAGAUAUCGACUCAUUGCCCAAAUUAACAUUACCGCCUUGUCUACUGAACAAACUGGCUAGGAAGAAAAAAUACGAAGGCUCAGAUUACACUUCAGAAUGUGUGUCCACGAGCUCAGACUAUGACAGGGUUAGCACAGAUUAUGAAAGGACUAGUGUGAGAUCAGGUAUUAAUUCACCCAUGAACGAGAUUAAUACUGGACUGUCUACGGAUUUGUUAUGUACUGACGAGCCAACUCCUAAUCAAAUUAACACCAUUGCUCAGUCGAUCUUAUCUUCCAUUAACAGCAUGUCAACUCCAACUAAAUACUCUCAAACCACUCUCCACUCUAACACUAUUGACAGUAUUAAUAGUGACAGCACUAUUGUCGACGCUAAUGAGGAUAAUGGUGCCGACUCCCCCCUAAAUGCAGCUGACUCAAAUUUGAAUCCCGUCGAGUCAGUUUUGAGUGAGGAUGACGAAGACGACAUUGCCAUGUUCAAGGAGAUGAUUCUGCCUGAGAAUGAGAGGAAGAUGAAGAUGAUUUUGUGGGAUGAGGUUACGAAGGACAUAAUGCCGAAGGUGUACAGGCGCCAGAUGGAGAGGAAGAGGCGCGAGCAGUUGGGUCAGAAUGUAAAGAAGCGAAAGUAUGUGAGGCGAGUGUAUUCUGAGUAUCCUGAAGCUCAGGACGCCGUCGAGUCUGCCAGAAUGGCUCUUGAACGCCAUGCUAAAGGUUUCAUGAACCACGUAAACAAAGACGUUUUCAAAUCACUUCUUUCCCAAUCCACUUAA